AUGGCGGAGCUAGCGCAGCAGCAGAGCAAGAGAAAGCGCGAACUGGACGCCGAUGAGGCGGAGGCAUCCAGCACAGAGGGAAAGGAGGCGGGCGUUGGGAAUGGUACCUCUGCCCCUGUCCGCUUACCUUUCUCCGGCUUUAGGGUGAAAAAAGUGCUGAGGGAGUCUGCGCGGGACAAAAUCAUUUUCCUGCACGGGAAGGUGAACGAGGCAUCUGGGGACGGGGAUGGGGAGGAUGCUGUCGUGAUCCUGGAGAAGAUGCCAUUCCAGGUGGACCAGGUGGCCCAGCUUCUGAAGGGCAGUCCUGAGCUCCAGCUGCAGUUCUCCAAUGAUAUCUACAGCACCUAUCACCUGUUCCCUCCAAGGCAACUCAGUGAAGUGAAGACAACCGUGGUUUACCCCGCCACAGAGAAGCACCUACAGAAGUAUCUGCGCCAGGACCUCCACCUGGUCCGAGAGACGGGCAGCGACUACAGGAGCGUCACCUUGCCCCACCUGGAGUCCCAGAGCUUGAGCAUCCAGUGGGUGUACAACAUUCUCGACAAGAAAGCUGAAGCUGACCGGAUUGUUUUUGAGAACCCGGAUCCAUCCGACGGCUUUGUCCUGAUCCCCGACCUCAAGUGGAACCAACAGCAGCUCGAUGACCUGUACCUGAUCGCCAUCUGCCAUCGCCGGGGCAUCAAGUCGCUUCGGGACCUCACCCCAGAGCACCUGCCGCUGCUCAGGAACAUUCUGCAGGAGGGGCAGGAGGCCAUCCUGCGGCGCUACCGGGUGGCGGCGGACCGCCUCCGCGUGUACCUGCACUACCUGCCCUCCUACUACCACCUGCACGUGCACUUCACCGCCCUGGGCUUCGAGGCCCCGGGCGCCGGCGUGGAGCGGGCCCACCUGCUGGCGGAGGUGAUCGACAACCUGGAGCAGGAUCCCGAGCACUACCGGCGUCGCACGCUCACCUUUGCGCUCCGGGCUGACGACCCCCUCCUGGCACUCCUGCAGGAGGCCCAGAGAAGCUGA